CACGGGGAUGCGGCGAUGGUUUCCAUAGUCUUCAUUCGCGAUCGAAAUGCCCGUGGCCAGGAGGUCUCUGCCUAUAUUGAUUAUGCCCAUCGUUUGAAGGUGGAUGAAUUUGAUGCCUAUUUCAGUGGAAAAAAGAAACUUUUCCCCAGGCGCAGUGAUCUGAGUUUCUACAACUGGGACCGAAACCUCUGCUGCAUGAAUUCAAGCCCAAACUACCAGGUGAUUGCAGAAAAUGCAUGUGGCUUACUCUUUAAGAACAAGUCUGACCGGAAGAUCAUUAACGUGGAUCCCAAGGCAUUUCCCGGAGAUAACACAACACGGGUUCCGAUCAAAACAGACCUCUACCUGCAAGUGGUUAUCUAUGACCAUGUCCUCAGAAGAAAAAUCUAAUUAUCAAUUCUCAUGAGGAGAGAGACAUUGGCAGAAAUCUUUAACCUACCGGAGACCCCUGGACAGCCUUCCAAGAUCCAAAUGGAACAAGCAUUAAGAUUCCAGACUUAAGUAGCAAGAUCUUUGUAGAAUGCUUCCCUGUGACUAUUCAUUACAGGUUAUUGUGAUUCUUUGCUGGCUUUAAAUCCUUGUAAUUGCACAGUAACAUUAAAAAUGUGUGCAUACAGAAGGUGAGAUACCUGCUUGUUCCUGCGUUUUAAAUGAUCGGUUUAAUUCGCUUCAGAAUACAGUAAAUGUCAUUGUUAUCGCUAUAAAAAUGUGUAGGAACUGAAGGAGUAAUCAUAGAGACUAAGGAAGAUGAACUUCUCAAAAAUAUGCAAGAACUAUUACCUAGAGAAAAGGGGUUGAAACACUUGAUAAGUCCAGAAGAAUAAGACAGUAUACAAAAUGGCUCCCUGAUUCAAUGGAAUAUAAGAUAGGUAAAGUCAUAUAGCACAAUCAGAUUUGUAAAAUUCUGUUAUUAUCUCAAUAUAAAUAGUUUUAGCCUUCCUUUGGACUUGAUUUCUGGGUAUGGUCUAUUUGUGGGGCUGACACCAGCUCUGAUGGAUUAGGCCAUGAAUCCAUCUAGCCCAGGGGUAGGCAACCUUGGCUCUUUUAUGACUGGUGGACUUCAACUCCCAGAAUUCCUGAGCCAACAUGGCUCAGCUUGGAAACUUUCCCUUUCCCCUCAGCGUGGCUGGCUCAGGAAUUCUGGGAGUUGAAGUCCACGAGUCAUAAAAGAGCCAAGGUUGCCUACCCCUGAUCUAGCCCAUACUGUAUAGUCAGUUAGAUACAUUCAUAAAAUUCAAAGCCCACCAGAUGUGUUCAGGAAGCUUACAAGCACAAGAAGGAAGAUGAUGGACCUGUUUCACUGUAGCUUCCCAGCAGUUGAUUUAAGCUCUGCUUCCUGAGAUCUAUGAAGUCGUAAAUAACUAUUGGCUUAGCAGUCAUGGAUGGUGUGAUUUCUACAAAUGUGUCUUUGCUGUUUGUUCAGUAACUUCCAACUCUAUGGAUAUCAUUUCACCAGAACUGGCUGAUAAUUUUGCUUCUUUGAGUCUUAUAAGUUUUUUGCUUGUUACCAGUAACAGUGUUUAACCACUUUGAUGCCAGGGGCCUCUUUUUUAUUGUUUUUGAAGCAAGUAAUAAAAUUUGCCUUUGCAGUUUGUGUCCCAAGUA